AUGACUUCCCUGGGCCCCCAGCUCUGCAGGGCAGCAUUCCUGGCAGCCAUCCUGUUGCUACUGCGGGUGAAGGAGGUGAAGCCUCAGAAAGGGAGCCCAAGCCCCGACGAGAGGAGUCAGAAACAGAAAACAUCGUCUACAGACCAGGUUCAAGAGCAGUUCGAAGAGCACUUUGUGGCCUCCUCAGUGGGUGAGAUGUGGCAGGUGGUGGACAUGGCCCAGCAAGAGGAGGACAGGACAUCAGAGACGGCAACUGUUCGUGACCACCUAUUUGACCUAGCCUUCUGCUUUAAUCUGGCCAGCAUCAUGGUUUUUUUAUGA